AUGGCUAGUUAUCCUUAUUUGAUAUCGAGAACCUUGGAUCCAUUAUUUGGUGUCUUUAUUGGUGUUGCUAGCUUUUAUGCACAUGAACAAAGAGUUGGAAGAAAACCAGGACACUCACUGAAUGAGCUCGUGGCAAAGAGAUUUUCAAGCGAGAAGAAGCAAUGA